AGGGGUCUUACAUUUCGUGACGUCACAUUUGUAAAAAUAAUAUCGACUUAGCAUCAGAACUUCGAGAUACUGUUGGUCGUCGUAGAGUAGAAGAAAACCAAUCCGGUAUACUUGAAGUCAUAAAGGAGCUUGCAGUUUUUGGUGGCACCGCUGAUGAACGACGUCGCAAUGAAACUAUAAGAUGCUGCAAAACUGGACGAUUUACAAGCCGAACUUUGUAAACAGAGAUAUAGUAUCAGUCGAUCAGGGUUAUACUUCAGACUUCUUCCCAGACGAGUCAAUACAGAGAAAGGAAAGAGACACGUCGUAACUGUUCCUGUUAAACUAUGCAAACCAGAUUCUACGCUACAUUUGAAACAUAAAGAUGGUACAUUCUGUAUUGCUGCGAUAAGAAACCUUGAAUCUUUAGCUUAAAUUUUGGGCCCUGAUCAAGUUUUCUUUUUAUCAAUGGAUGACAAAGCACGCGUGCCUUUGGGUAUUAUAGCAGAAAAUGCUCAUGCACCUUGAUUAUCGUGUAUAAUUACCGGAUCAUGAUUUCGUGGUCACAGAAAAACAAACUUAUUCCUUCUGUUUAUGCAGGUAUUGUAAUAAAGAAAGAUGGUGAAGGGAAACCUGAAGCUGUGACACACGCAGGGCCUACAUACGUAGCAAUUCGUAGUGGAAAGCAUUCUUCCUUUAAUGCAGAGACUCAUGCCACAGGCAUACAUAGACUUUCUGAAACACCUGCUUUUAAAAACUUUAUGAGAACUCAAAAAGGUUUUGUAAAACCCGUAUUUAUUUUUACUUGUGAUGGUGGUCCCGGCGAAAAUGCACGAUACGAGCGAGUUACAGUUUCAGCUAUACAACAUUUUAAAAAUUUUGACUUUGAUGCUAUUUACAUUGCCACAAAUGUUCCAGGAAGAAAUGCUUUCAACAGAGUGGAACGAUGAAUGGCGCCUCUUAGUCGCGAAUUUACUGGUCUAUUAAAACAUGACAAUUUUGGUUUAGAUCUCGAUUCCAGUAAUCGAACUACUGACUUGGAGUUAGAAAAACGAAACUUUGAGAGUACAGGCAUUGCGCUGUCUAAUAUUGGAAGCCAAUUGGUCAUUGAUGAUUUUCCUGUAGUUGCCGAAUACAUUGUGCCAACAGAUACUAGAUUGGAUAUUGAACAGGCUAAGAUAUUGAAAAAUGAUGCGACUUGGUACGCAAAUCAUGUGCGUGAAUCGGAAUAUUUAUUAUAAAUAGUAAAAUGCAAGGUUGUCCCUGUUGUGGUGUGCGACGGUCUAGCCUUUGGCGACUAUUACGAAAGGGGUUUUUACCACCACCUGUUUUAGUUAAACAGACGUCAAACGUGUAUGUAACCAUAGAAAAAGAUGACUCCGAAGGUAAAUUUGCUCCACUGUUACUUCAGCUAUCUUUGGCUCCGAGCAUCAUCACAUUUGAAGCAAGUUCCGUAUGAUAGCUAUUGCCCCAGUGUCGAGGCAUACUUGUUUAAGCGAUCGUGGUCUAUAUUUUGCAUUAUACAAGGCGACUAACCAACACAAGCAAUCACAUAAGAGGCAACAAGAAGUUUUGUCCAUCGCGAAGAUUUAUCCUCAAAGAAUUGCUGCCAGACGUGUCAGAGAAAUUCUUUGUUUGGAUAACGAUGAUGCCAUUUGGUUGGAUAAAAAAGAUGUUGACACAACGAAUGUUCCUGGCAAUAACCUAAACGAGACCGAAUUGA